UUUAGGCCUAAAACACACUUUCUGUCAAUAGUAGCGGCAACUAGUGAGCAUGCGAAAACACCUUACUCCUAAGACUUGAAUAGAAGUGUUGAGAAUCCAAGAUGAUUGUCCAUCAGCAAUUGCCAAUGUCUGUAAACUUGGCUUCUUUUGAUUUUUUAUUGAUUGAAAUGGUGCAUAUGGCCAGACGUUUGUCUGAAAAGCAAGAAACGGCCCUUUCGAAUGAUGAGCAGAUGGAAAGAGGUUAUACUUUUUUAGAGAACAUUGGUUUCCAAGUAGGGAGAAAGCUUACAGAAAGGCUUUUAUUGACUAGAAAUCGAAUUGUGGAGAGUAUAGAUGUUAUGCGGUUUUUAUGUCGAGAAUUAUGGCCCAUAGUUUUUCGUAAACAAUUGGACAACUUGAAAACGAAUCGAAAAGGGACUUUUGUGAUUACGGACAACUAUUUUUUUUGGUUUUCUAAGAUGACAGCUGCCACCGGGACAGAAAUGAAAGAGUAUACAACUCCGUACUUGUAUUUCCCUAGUGGUUUCAUUCGAGGAGUCAUGCAUACUUUUGGGUAUCCAGUGCACGUUAUUGCUCAAUGCCCGAAUCUCCCUGCAUGCAUAUUCCAGGUUCGUUUCCCUGCACCAUCAAAUGUUUCUACUGCCGAAAGUACACCAUCCAACCCGCCAUCGGAAUCAACGCCGAGUGUUUCCCAGCAAAAUACUGGCCUUUCAAGGACAAGUGGUCGAUCUCUAUCGUCAACCACUCUGGGUCCUAAUAACACACCCUCACCAUUAAAUCCUGUGAAUUCCCCUCAUCCUGAAUCCAGUUAAACUAUACACCAACAGAUGUCGAUCACAGGACUGAAUGAAAUCGACACCUUUUAGGAAGCUGCCUCAGAAGAUAUAAAGUAUCUAGAAAGCGUUCCACUUUUCUUUACUUUACAAAGUACUCCAAAACUAUAGUCAAGGACCUCUUCCCAUUUGAUCUGAUUACCUAUUUUUUUACGAUGAUGAUGAGAUGCAUUCGUUUUAUCAUUAACUUCGCGAUUUAUGACAAUGACAUUUUUAUUCAUUAGCAUUCAAAAAUUUGUCUAUUUUCUGGUAGUUUCAAGACUGACUGGUUAGCUCGGCAAACGAAACAAUCAUCAGUGAAUAACCAUCUCCGUCCAUAUCGCCAUAGUACUCUGGUAAAAUGUAAAACCUUCUUCAUACUCUAUUUAUGCUGAACGGUUUCUUUGGUAUCAUGAAUUAAGAAAGCCACAGGACUCACGUUGAUGAAUCCUUAAUGUUACCAACUUACCUCUUAAUAAUGUGAAAGUUACAAUCCAAAAAUCUUUCCACACAGUUUUGCAAGCAUUGCUCCUCGCUUUUGUCAAGCUGGUUUCCGAUGUUGCUAACACAUUUAGGCCAGCAGGUAGAUGUAAAUUGAUGAAUUGCUAAAUUUGUAACGGUCAGCAUCCCCCUAAAAACUAUUAAAGUCUUGAUUUCGUACCUUGUUGCAACUUCACCUUUUGCUGUUCGGUUUCAAUGAAUUUUGAGAGUUCCAGCUGUUGAGUUUCGCUCAAAUCAGCAAUAGGGUUUUUAGAAGGAUCAGCCAUGGUUUUCUUAAAAAUUUAAGAAGGAAGAGAUUUCCGGAGGAUGAUGGGUUUUCUCAGGUUCUACACUUGUCUCUUGUGCGACAUUACCUGUGUUACUUGGAGAAGGUAACAAUAAAAUAAAGAAAUAGAAAAAACGAACAUUCAAGCUUUUUUUUCGCAUAAAAUUCAGAUUAAAGUAUAAACU